GUCCCCGGAAGGCGGAAGAAGCUCGGCCCUGGUGAGCUGGCUGCUGCUGUGGCACAAUGAUCGGGGACCUGUUGUUGUUCGGGACAUUGCUUGUCAAUGCAGGAGCUGUGUUGAACUUCAAACUGAAGAAAAAGGAAUCCCAAGGAUUUGGUGAUGACCCUGCAAUGGCAACCACAGGUUAUUUGGCUCAUAAAUGUGACAAUGAUGCCUACUGGACUAAGUGGAUUUUCUACACCAGAUAUGUCUUUUAAGCUCCCUCUCUGCCAACCACCAGGCAUAUUUCUGUACAAAGGUUCCAGCUUGUUUGUAAAUACUGUCUUUCUGUAUACUUGUAAAUAAAAGAUAAGUUGUGACUUGCAU